GAAAUUAUGAGCGGUAGAGGUAAAACCGGUGGAAAGGCCAGAGCCAAGGCCAAGACUCGUUCAUCCAGGGCUGGACUUCAGUUCCCCGUUGGCCGUGUGCAUAGACUGCUGCGUAAGGGCAACUAUGCCCAGCGUGUCGGCGCUGGUGCACCGGUAUAUUUGGCCGCUGUCCUAGAGUACCUGACAGCUGAGAUCCUGGAGUUGGCCGGUAACGCUGCCCGUGACAACAAGAAGACGCGUAUCAUCCCCCGCCAUCUGCAACUGGCUGUGCGUAACGACGAGGAGUUGAACAAGCUGCUCGGUGGAGUGACCAUCGCUCAGGGUGGUGUGUUGCCUAACAUCCAGGCCGUGCUGCUGCCCAAGAAGACUGAGAAGUCCAAGUAAACCCGCUCCAUCCGACUGAAAAAACUAAGGCUCUUUUAAGAGCCACCCAAUUACUUUUAAAAGUGAUUUCCGAGUUGACUACCAUGUAAUCUGAAUGUCAAAAUAUUAAAAAAGAGCCCUUUCAGUCAGGAUUAAUAACUGGCCACACUCAUCC